AUGGACGAGGCCUGCACUUUCAAAAUUUUCUCAUCGUCUUCUUCUUUGAACAGAGAAACACUGAAAAGACAAAAGACCUCCUUUUUCCUUCUUCCUUCCACGUCUUCGAUCUUCAUCUGAAAAAUCAAACCCCGCUAGAUUCUCUGAUUUCCUCCUCAAAUAUUUGACACAUUCCUUCUUUUACUGAGUUCAAUCACCGACUCAAGAUUCUCCAAUCUCUGAGUGUAUAUUUUUGGGGAUUUUUAGGGAUUUUGGAGAUGAAAUUGAGAUUUUGAAUGGGAUCAAGUAGGAUUGGUGGAGGUUCAACAAGUAGUAGUAGUAGUAGUAAUAGUUGUUGUGAUGUGAGUAUGAAGUGUUGGUGUAGAUGGAGAUUGAAUCAAUUUUCAUUCUCUAAAUCAUCGUUCUUCAUUCUCACUUCAUUCCUUCUCUUUGUUUUUCUUGUUUCUAUCUAUGCGAGAUUAGCUAUCGCUCCUUAUUCUAGAACACCAGUUUCGAUCGGUUGUCAAGAAGAUAAUGAAGGGUCUUGGUCUAUUGGUGUGUAUUAUGGUGAUUCUCCAUUCAAUCUCAAACCAAUUGAAUCUAGGAAGGAAUGGAAGGAUGAGAGUUCUGCCUGGCCUGUUGCGAACCCUGUGAUUACUUGUGCUUCAGUUUCAAAUGCUGGGUUCCCUAGUAAUUUUGUUUCCGAGCCUUUUCUGUUCCUCAAGGGGGAUAUUCUUUAUAUGUUUUAUGAAACAAAGAAUUCCAUCACUUCGCAAGGAGACAUUGCUGUUGCAAAAAGUACUGAUAAAGGUGUAACAUGGGAACAAUUGGGUAUUGCUUUAGACGAGGGAUAUCAUCUCUCACAUCCAUAUGUUUUCAACUACAAUGAUGAAAUAUACAUGAUUCCAGAAACUAGUGACAAAGGUGAACUUCGUCUCUACAAGGCAGUUGAUUUUCCUCUCAAAUGGACACUAGAAAAAGUUAUCAUGAAGAAGGGUUUUAUGAAUACCGUUAUCAUAAAUUAUGGCGGCAACUAUUGGCUCUUCGGCUCAUAUUACAGUGGUUUUGGCUUCUUGAAGAAUGUGCAACAGGAUAUCUGGUAUAGUAGCUCACCCCUUGGUCCUUGGAAACCUCACAAACAGAACCCUAUCCAUAAUACUGGUAAAAGCUUCGGAGUACUGCGUAAUGGAGGUAGACCAUUUGUGUACAAUGGAAACCUCUACCGUGUUGCUCAAGAUUGUGGAAAAAUAUAUGGGCAGCGAGUUCGUACCUUUAAGGUUGAGAUUCUCACUAAGGAUGAAUAUCGAGAAGUUGAAGUGCCACUAGGUAUAGAAGAACCUAAGAACGGUAAAAAUGCAUGGAAUGGUGCUCGAUAUCAUCAUUUGGAUGUGCAAGAUUUAGGCUCCGGGGAGUGGAUAGGGGUAAUGGAUGGUGAUCGUGCUCUUGCGGGUGAUUCUGUUCAUAGAUGCAUUGUGGGGUCUACAGCUGUUUCAGUUGUGCUUGCUCUAUUUGUACUAGUUGGAGUAUUGCUGGGACCUGUGAAUUGCAUUUUACCGCGAUGUUUUCAUGCUACAUCUAAGAGAAAUGACGUAUUCUUGAGAUGGGAGGAUUAUCCAAAUCUAUUUUCUUCCAAGAUGAGAUGGUUCUAUACUCGCAUGAACAUAGGAAGUUCGUUCGUGCGAGGUUGGAUUAAACCUAGUACCUGUAUGGGAAAAUUAGUUCUCGUGUUGAUUUUUGUACUAGGUGUUGUAUUAAUGUGCACAGGAGUCAGAUAUAUUUAUGGCGGAAAUGGUGCUGAAGAACCUUAUUUGUGGAAGGAUCAGUAUUCGCAGUUUACAUUACUAACAAUGACUUACGAAGCCAGGCUUUGGAAUUUGAAAAUAUGUGUGAAGCAUUACUCAAGGUGUCCGUCAGUGAAGGAGAUUGUAGUGGUGUGGAACAAAGGUAAUCCGCCGGAGUUGGGUGACUUUGAUACAGUAGUGCCAGUUAGGAUUAGAGUAGAGAAACAGAAUUCACUGAACAAUCGUUUCAGGGUGGAUCCACUGAUAACAACCAAGGCUGUUCUUGAGCUCGACGAUGAUAUCAUGAUGUCGUGUGAUGAUAUUGAACGAGGUUUUAGAGUAUGGCGUGAACACCCAAAUAGAAUAGUUGGAUUCUAUCCUAGACUCGUUGCUGGGAGCCCAUUGAGGUACAGAAAUGAGAGGUUUGCACGUAAGCGGAAAGGGUAUAACAUGAUAUUGACAGGAGCAGCAUUCAUUGAUUGUACAAAGGCAUUUGAGACGUACUGGGGUGAUGAAGCCAAGGAAGGAAGGGAAAUUGUAGACAAGUUCUUCAAUUGCGAGGAUGUUCUUUUGAAUUUCUUGUAUGCGAAUUCGAGUUCUUCCUCGCAGGCAGUUGAGUAUGUCAAACCUUCAUGGGUCGUUGAUAUGUCGAAAUUCUCAGGAGUAGCAAUUAGUGGGAAUACGCAAGUGCAUGAGAACAUAAGAAGUGACUGCAUUGCCAAGUUUACUGAGAUAUAUGGGAGCAUCGAUAAUUGGAAAUGGGAUUUCGAUAGUCGGAAAGAUGGGUGGGAUGCAUAGAGGAGAAGAUAAAACCACCACAGCAGUCACUUGUACCACUAUGUCAGUUACUAUUUUAGGUCUUCAUUUUUCUUCUCAUUGUUUCCCAUUUUUAGCUUGUCUACAUUUUGUACUAUAUGGAAUUAAUGGAUCAAUCUAUCUGUCAGGUUCUCUUUUUGGUCAGUUGCCUGUUUUACAGAAUAAUCUUUUUUGUUGUAUGCUGUACCAAUCUGAUGAAAAUGGUUAUAAAGUUGAAGAGCCAACUGUUUGAUAAAAUGCAUUGCAGAAAACUGUCAAUUACGGCAGAUAUGUUAUAA